UCUGUUAGGGAUAAUAAUACCUAAUCGUCGUUGCGUCGUUGCGUCGUACAUACGAUCCGCGUCUAGCGAGCUUUCGCGCUCAACUGGGCGUUCGCGGCACGAAGAAGGAUGAGAACAAUGUGGAGGAACGAUGAAGGGCGAUCGGAACACGAAUAGAAGGACAGAGAAGAAAGUAGUAUUGGUGCGACAAGAGAGACCGAAUAACCGGCGUCGGCGCUUCGAGUCGCUCGAUAUCCAUCCGCUGUCAUUGGACUCUUUCUAACGGGUAGCCAUGAAACUGCGAACUACUUCGAUUCUCGGUAUAUAAGAUAUUUUGUUAAGGAUGGAAGGAUUCAAGACACCUGUUAGAAAGAAUCGUAGACCUACAGAUGUUUCCAAUUUACAAACCCCGAUUAAAAUUCCAGCCUCUCCGUUUUUACAGCAAAUAGCUCAUGGAACUGGUGUACACAUUCUUAGUUUGGAAAGAUCUCCAAAAGUUGGUUUUGUAAGAUCACCUUGGGCAAUAAAGAAAAGAAAUACUAAACUUACAAAGGAUUUGGAAUAUGACAAGCGCUUACAGUCUGAAGCCGAUCUACUGAAAAAAUUAAAUCAUCCAAACAUCGUAGGUUUCAGAGCAUUUACAUUAUCUUCCAAGGGUGAUCCAUGUCUUGCCAUGGAACAACUGGAUAUCUCUCUAGGAGAUUUGAUUGAAGAUAGAGUCGACAGAGGAGAUGACAUUUUUGCAGCUAAAGAUAUUUUGCACGUGGGUUAUGAAAUUGCAAAGGCUUUAGAAUAUUUACAUCAUACUAUACAUAUUUUGCAUGGGGAUAUUAAGAGUUAUAACGUUUUAGUUUCAAAGAAUUUGAAAAAAGUAAAACUUUGUGAUUUUGGAGUUUCUGUACCACUUACAGAAACUUUAGAAAUGGAUAAAUCACAAAAUUUUAUUUAUAUUGGAACUGAGUGUUGGAAUCCACCAGAAGUAUUAUUUGAGGAAGGUCCUAUAACGAACAAAUGUGAUAUAUGGGCAUAUGGUCUUGUCAUAUGGGAAAUGUUGGCCUUAUCUGCACCUUUCAUAAAUUCUGAAAAUGACUCUAAUGAUACUAUUGAUUUGAUUUCUACAUCAGAAAAAAGUAUGUCUUUAACAAUUUCAAAUGACGAUAAUGAUGUUAGUAUGGAUGAUAGUGAUAUAUUUGUGAAAGAAAUAAAAAGUACCUGUGGCAUUCGUCCACCAUUACCUGCGAUUGAUAUAGGUGCAGAAUACGCAGAAGUAUUAGAUGUAUUUUAUACGUGCACCAUUGCAGAUUAUAAGUUAAGACCAAGUUCAAAAGGCUUAGUAAUGUACUUUUCAGAUGUUAUGUCUUCUUAA